UUCUUCAAUCUCAACUAUAAAAGGCCCAGUCAUUUGCCCUCCUUUCUGUAUCUCAACAAACAGCAUCUAAUCAGCUAAGCUCAUCAAUGGCAGGAAAGUUUCAGGGAGCUGGUUUUUCCUUGGUUGGAACCUUCUUUCUCCUUCUCUUCUCUUGCAAUGUUUCGAGAACAGUGUUUGCUGCUAAGAUUAAUGUUGGAGGACCUGCGAACUGGACAUUUGGCUUCAACUACACUGAUUGGGCUCUCAAAACUGCACCAUUCCAUGUCAAUGACACCCUUGUGUUCAAAUAUGAUCCUCCAAACAGCACAACACACGCUCACAGUGUAUAUUUAGUGAAAGAUUUGCCAAAAUUUCUUGCCUGUGAUUUGAAGAGGGCGCAGCUGGUUGGGAAUGUGAUGCAAGGAGGAGGAGAAGGAUUCGAGUUUGUUCUCAGUAAGAGGAAGACUUAUUACUUCGUCUGUGGGGAGAAACAAGGCUUCCAUUGCUCCACAGGCCUCAUGAGGUUCUUCGUUCGUCCUGCCAAACGCUGCUAAUUAGGCUUAAUGAUUAGUUAAGCCCUUAAUUACUGUUUAAGAAGUUGGGGAAGAUGCAGUGCAAAGUCGAUCUUCAUUAGUUAAUUUCGCUUUCUCUAUCUACCGAUCUCCGAUUAAUUUCUUUUUUGUUUCAGUUUUGAUGUUUGGGAAAGUAAUUAAACUUAAUUUUCUUUUGUUUACGCUUUAAUAUGAUACUUAAAUUAUGCUGUGUUCGCAAUUAUUUGAUGAGCAGAGCUCAUUUCAGCUUAUUCGACAAUAAUUAAUCA